CCUCGGCGGCCCGGAACCGGCCUUGGACCGGCGGCGUUGCCUGAGGCGGCUGGCGCUCCCGCCCCAUGGAGCGGCCCCCGGGGCUGCGGCCGGGCGCGGGCGGCCCCUGGGAGAUGCGGGAGCGGCUUGGCACCGGCGGUUUCGGGAACGUCAGUCUGUACCAGCACCGGGAACUUGAUAUCAAAAUAGCAAUUAAGUCUUGUCGUUUAGAGCUAAGUACCAAAAACAGAGAGCGAUGGUGCCAUGAAAUCCAGAUCAUGAAAAAGUUGGACCAUGCAAAUGUUGUAAAGGCCUGUGAUGUUCCUGAGGAAUUGAAUUUUUUAAUUAAUGAUGUGCCUCUUCUAGCAAUGGAGUACUGUUCUGGAGGGGACCUCCGGAAGCUACUCAACAAACCAGAAAAUUGUUGUGGACUUAAAGAAAGCCAAAUACUUUCUUUACUGAGUGACAUAGGAUCUGGGAUCCGAUAUUUGCAUGAAAACAAAAUUAUACAUCGAGAUCUAAAACCUGAAAAUAUAGUUCUUCAAGAUGUUGGUGGGAAGACAAUACAUAAAAUAAUUGAUUUGGGUUAUGCCAAAGAUGUUGAUCAAGGAAGUCUCUGUACAUCUUUUGUGGGAACAUUGCAGUAUUUGGCCCCAGAGCUCUUUGAAAAUAAGCCGUACACAGCCACUGUGGAUUAUUGGAGCUUUGGAACCAUGGUGUUUGAAUGUAUUGCUGGAUAUAGGCCUUUUUUGCAUCAUCUGCAGCCAUUUACCUGGCAUGAGAAGAUUAAGAAGAAAGAUCCAAAGUGUAUAUUUGCAUGUGAAGAGAUGACCGGAGAAGUUCGGUUUAGUAGCCAUUUACCUCAGCCAAAUAGCCUUUGUAGUUUAAUAGUAGAGCCAAUGGAAAGCUGGCUACAAUUGAUGCUGAAUUGGGACCCACAACAGAGAGGGGGACCUAUUGAUCUUACUUUGAAGCAGCCAAGAUGUUUUGUAUUAAUGGAUCACAUUCUCAAUUUAAAGAUAGUGCACAUCCUAAAUAUGACUUCUGCAAAAAUCAUUUCUUUUCUGUUACCAUGUGAUGAAAGUCUUCAUUCACUACAGUCUCGAAUUGAGCGUGAAACAGGAAUAAAUACAGGUUCUCAGGAACUUCUGUCAGAGACAGGGAUUUCUCUGGAUCCUCGGAAACCAGCCUCUCAGUGUGUUCUAGAUGGAGUGAGAGGCUGUGAUAGCUACAUGGUUUAUUUGUUUGAUAAAAGUAAGACUGUAUAUGAAGGACCAUUUGCAUCCAGAAGUUUAUCUGAUUGUGUAAAUUAUAUUGUACAAGACAGCAAAAUACAACUGCCAAUCAUACAGCUGCGGAAAGUAUGGGCUGAAGCAGUGCACUAUGUAUCUGGUCUAAAGGAAGACUACAGCAGGCUCUUUCAGGGACAAAGAGCAGCAAUGUUAAGUCUUCUUAGAUAUAAUGCUAACUUGACAAAAAUGAAGAAUACUUUGAUCUCAGCAUCACAGCAACUCAAAGCUAAAUUGGAGUUUUUUCGCAAAAGCAUUCAGCUUGACUUGGAGAGAUAUAGUGAGCAGAUGACUUAUGGGAUAUCUUCAGAAAAAAUGCUAAAAGCAUGGAAAGAAAUGGAAGAAAAGGCCAUUCACUAUUCUGAGGUUGGUGUCAUUGGUUACCUUGAGGAUCAAAUUAUGUCUUUGCACACUGAAAUCAUGGAGCUGCAGAAGAGCCCCUAUGGAAGACGCCAGGGAGAUUUGAUGGAAUCUCUGGAACAGCGUGCUAUUGAUCUCUAUAAGCAGCUCAAGCACAGGCCUACUGAUCACUCGUACAGUGACAGCACAGAGAUGGUGAAGAUCAUUGUGCAUACCGUGCAGAGUCAGGACCGUGUUCUCAAGGAGCUGUUUGGUCACCUGAGCAAGUUGUUGGGCUGCAAGCAGAAGAUUAUUGAUCUACUCCCCAAGGUGGAAGUGGCCCUCAGUAACAUCAAAGAAGCUGACAAUACUGUCAUGUUUAUGCAGGGAAAGAGGCAGAAAGAAAUUUGGCACCUCCUUAAAAUUGCCUGUAAGAUCAGAAAGGAGGCAACACUCGGGGGCUCCUUUGCUGAACUUGAAAUGGUUUUGUUCUUUUCAUCCAUCAGAGAGACGUUAGCACAAAUGAUAGAAGAAAAUCUGACCUGUCUUGGCCAUUUAAGUACUAUUAUUCGUGAAGCAAAUGAGGACCAGAGCAGUAGUGUGAUGAGUCUUGAUUGGAGUUGGUUAGCAGAAUGACUCAACACUCCUUCACUGUCCUGGAACUUAUGAAGCUGUUCCGACACUUACUCCAAAGUCAUCUUUACUUGCUGAAGCCAUUCUUCACUUGCCAGUCCGUGUAAGAGAUGGCUGUGAUCAGAAACUAUGAGUGACUUUACAAGCACAGUAGCUUGGUGUUUUGUUUGUUUUUAAUAAUUAUGAUCUCUGAACAGAUAGGAUUUUAUAGCAAAUUAGUGAAAUUAAUUAUUUUUUUAAACACCGCAGCUAAUUAGGGAGAUCAUUAGUGACCUGCUUAUCUUAUAAAAUUGGAAAAAUACUACUACUAGUUUAGCUGAUGAAAAAGAUAAUCUUCUAAAGGUCUAAAUUUUCAGCAUAAGGCCCAACAUGGUAUUAGUAUACAGAAAUGGAAAAUUCAUCCAGUGUUCAUUUUAAGUAAAGUUUUAUCUAUGGCUUUUCUGUGGAAGAGACUGCUCACAAGUAAAGUUGCUCUUCCUGAAGACGAAGCCCCGCCUCCUUGUGUUGCUCUCAGCAUCACAUGGAGUCAGAUGAUUCCAUCUUUACUCACACACUUAAUAGAGUCCUUUUCCUGUGUAAGGGAUGGGACUUUUGUGCCCUUGAUAUCAGCUGACCAUAAUGAAUUAUGUUGUGUGCUAUAUGUAUAUGUAUUUAAGGUGUACAUUUAAUAAUAUCAAAGAGAAGAUGCCUGUUAAUUUAUACUGUAUUUGAAGAUUGUAUUGUUUUUGCAUUUGUAAAAAUGGGUCACUUGUUUAAACAAUCUUUUAUGUCUUGUCAUACAAGUUUCAAAAGGUCUGCAUUCCUUUUUCUGUAAUUAUAGUCUCAAAAUCCAAGUUCUGAAAACAAAGUUUUCAUAAGCUUGAUAACAAAAUUCAUUUGCUUCUGGAUCUAUUCUGAUCUGACACUGGAUCUGCUUAUCCCAUUUAGUGUGAAUAUUCAUUUAUUUUGCUGCAUAAAUAUUAAUGUGUUUGAUUAUUGGGAUGUGCUGCCACAAACUCUCUUGAAGGUUGAUGUAGUAUGGUGUAUGCACUGAAUUACCUUUCUAAAAUCUGAAAAUUUCCUCAUUCUGAAACAUCUAGACUUAAGGGUUUCAGAUAAAAGAUUGUGGAUCUCUGCCUUAUGUUAAAUAAUUUAGAAGAUGUUAUUUUGUUUGAAAAAAUGUGAAAUGCUUUUAUAUUCUAG